AUGGCUACCGCAGUUGCAAUCGACACGACCAUGGGUUCUUUCGUGGUAGAACUCUACAAUGAUCAUGCUCCCAAGACCUGCAAGAACUUUGCGGCUCUGGCUCAGAGGAAGUACUAUGAUGGCGUCAUAUUCCACCGCAUCAUUCCGAAUUUUAUGAUCCAAGGAGGCGAUCCCACGGGUACCGGACGAGGGGGCAGUUCAAUCUACGGCGAGAAGUUUGAGGACGAAAUAAACACCUCGUUGAAGCACACUGGAGCCGGAAUCCUGAGUAUGGCCAACAGCGGACCGAACACAAACGGAAGCCAAUUUUUCAUCACUUUGGCUCCCACGCCUUGGCUAGAUGGAAAGCAUACAAUAUUCGGACGGGUCAGAAGUGGAAUGAGAGUCAUUCAGCGCAUGGGACUAGUCAAAACAGAUGCCGAAGACCGGCCUCAGGAUACAGUCAAAAUUAUCAGGGCAUACUUAGUCGAGGAAGGCGGCGAGGAUUGA